AUGGAUAGAUUUUUAAGCGGGCGUAAGCGAGCAUUAGACGAUAGUCAAGCAUCAACAAGUACACAGACGAACGUGGUUCCGAAAAUAAAAUCAAGAAAAUAUUCUCAAGAAUACUUAAAUUUUGGAUUUACCAAUACUAAAGUAAAUGAAGAACAAAGACCAUUAUGUAUCAUUUGCUCAAAAAUAUUGGCAGCAGACAGCAUGAAACCUAAUAAACUUCAAAGACAUUUGGAAACACUUCAUACCAGAUGUAAAAAGCCUCACACCCUUGGUGAAAAGCGUAUUUUGCCAGCAGCAAUUGAGAUUGUAGAAACUAUGUUUGGAGAUAAUUUUGCAAACAAAUUGCAGUCCAUACCUCUUUCAUAUGAUACUGUUGCCCAUCGAAUUACUGAUAUAGCUGAAGAUGUACAGUGUCAGCUUUUCUCGAAGUUGCGUGACAAAUUAUUUUCAAUACAUUUUGAUGAGGCAACAGAUAGUAAUAAAGACGCUCAUUUCAUUGCCUAUGUUCGAUUUUGUGAUGAUAUGUCAAUAGUAGAAGAACUACUUUUCUGCAAACCAAUAGAACUCAAAGCAACAGCACAGCACACGCAUUAUUUGCUAUCUUAA